AUGGAAAAAGCUUUGGUAAUGUGGAUUGAAGAUAAAUCACAAAAAAGAAUACCAGUAGAUGGAAUUGCUAUCAAGCAAACUGCAUUAAGAAUUUAUAAACGUAUUAAAGAAGUUGAGCCAGGCACUUCAUCUCAGUCAAAACAACCCGAAUUUUCUGCAAGUACAGGAGAACGUAUGUUAAAACCACUGCUAGUAAAUCGUGCUUUAAGACCACGCUCGAUGAAAAGUGUAGAUUUCAAUAAACUGCCAAUUCACUGGACAGCAAACAAAAAGGCAUGGAUGACCAGUGCAAUCUUUACAGAAUGGUUCCAGAAAUACUUCAUUUCAGAAGUUAGACGCUACAUGAAUGCAAAAUGUCUAGAAUUUAAAGUUCUUUUAAUUCUAGACAAUGCACCUUGCCAUCCGCUCUUGGAGCACCCAAAUGUGCUAUUUUGCUAUCUUCCGCCUAACACUAUAUCCUUAAUACAACCGCUAGACCAAGGGGUCAAUGCUACUUUUAAAAAGUACUACAUAAAACGUUCAUUCCAAUACGUGGUAGACAAACUAGACCAUAAUGAGGAUUCAACAGUCAUUGAUAUGUGGAAAAAAUUUUCUAUUAUGGACUGCAUUAAUCAAGUUGGGUUAGCGUUAGCUGACUUAAAGCCAUCAACCUUGAACUCAUGUUGGAAAAAUAUUUGGCCAGAAUGUGUCAAAAGCAAAGAUCCUGAUCCUGUCAUCCAUAAUAACGCUGUUUUUACUGACAUCACAACGCUGGCACAUACAAUUGGUGGAGAUGGAUUCGAUGAUCUAUCAUUUGCCGAUAUAGAGGAAUUAUUAGCUGAUAAAAGCUUGAGCGAAAAUGAAAUUAUAGACCUUCCCCUUGAGACUCAUCAAGACAGAGAACAUAGCGAUAAUGACGAAGAAGAUCCUCCCAUUUUAAAUGCAACUCUAAUUAAAGAAGGUAUUGAUCUUGCCAGAAAAUUAGGUAAUCAUUUUCAACAACAUGAUCCUGAUGAGGAACGAGCUGCAAAAUUUCAACGUGUACUGAAAUCAUUAAUGGCAUCUUACUUUAUAAAGGAGCCUAGAGAUGAUAAUCCAGAAACAAUUUCACAAGAUGAUGAACAAAAUAAUUCUAGUGAUGGCAGUGAUAUUCUAGUCUUACGCAAACGUAUGCGUUUAUUGUCAGAAAGUGACAAUGCAUAA